AUGGCGGCGAAGCUAGGUUCCUUCAGGCAUGGAAUUCUGGAGAAACGCGAGAGGCUUCUUUCCAAUAACGGUUUCGCCGAUUUCAGAUUUACCGACAUCGAGUCGAACGAUCUUCUCGAAGGCGAGAGUAACGGAAGGUCACGGUUAUGCUGCUGCUGCUCGUGCGGGAAUCUACGGGGGAAAAUCUCCGGGUUGUAUCAGGAUUCCAAGGAGGUGGCGAGGAAGGCCUGGGACAUGGGCGUCUCUGAUCCGAGAAAGAUCGUCUUCUCCGCGAAGAUUGGGCUUGCUCUGACGAUCGUCGCCGUUUUGAUUUUCUUCCAGGAACCUAACCCGGAUCUCAGCCGUUACUCCGUUUGGGCUAUUCUCACUGUCGUCGUCGUCUUCGAAUUCACGAUCGGAGCAACGCUAAGCAAAGGGUUUAAUCGAGCGCUAGGGACAUUAUCAGCUGGAGGUCUUGCCCUUGCAAUGGCCGAGCUUUCGACUCUCACCGGAGACUGGGAAGAGCUCUUCUGCACCGUUAGUAUCUUCUGCAUUGGGUUCCUUGCAACGUUCAUGAAACUAUACCCGGCGAUGAAAGCCUACGAAUACGGUUUCCGGGUCUUCUUGCUGACGUAUUGCUAUAUUCUGAUCUCUGGGUUCAGAACAGGGCAGUUCAUAGAAGUGGCUAUCUCCCGGUUCCUGCUUAUAGCUCUUGGUGCUGGCGUUAGUUUAGGUGUCAAUAUGUUCAUCUAUCCUAUAUGGGCUGGAGAGGAUCUUCAUAACCUUGUUGUGAAGAAUUUCAUGAAUGUCGCGACUUCCCUUGAAGGUUGUGUCAAUGGAUACCUACGCUGUGUUGAAUACGAGAGAGUCCCAUCCAAAAUCCUCACGUACCAAGCCUCGGAGGAUCCGGUUUACAAGGGUUAUAGAUCAGCGGUUGAGUCUACCAGCCAAGAAGAGUCUCUGAUGAGUUUCGCAAUAUGGGAGCCGCCUCACGGACCAUACAAGUCAUUUAACUACCCAUGGCAGAGCUACGUCAAGCUCAGCGGCGCUCUCAAGCAUUGUGCAUUCACUGUGAUGGCUUUGCACGGCUGCAUUCUCGCUGAAAUCCAGGCACCAGAGGAACGAAGACAAGUUUUCCGGCAAGAACUUCAGAGAGUGGGUGUAGAAGGAGCCAGAUUGUUGAGGGAGCUCGGUGAAAAGGUGAAGAAGAUGGAGAAGCUAGGACCAGUCGACAUUCUCUUCGAAGUACACUUAGCCGCCGAAGAGUUACAGCACAAGAUCGACAAGAAAUCUUACCUUCUAGUCAAUUCCGAAUGCUGGGAGAUCGGAAACCGGUCACAUUCAGAGCCUCAAGAACUGCUCUCCCUCGAUGAUUCAGAUCCACAAGAGACCCUCGAAGCUCCUCCUCCGGUCUACGUCUUCAAAUCCCUAAGCGAGGCGGUUCUUGAGAUACCGAAGAGCUGGGGGGAGAAGAAUCACCGUGAGCCAUUGAACCAUAGGCCUACUUUGUCGAAACAGGUGUCGUGGCCUGCACGGCUUGUACUUCCGCCUCAUGUGGAGACGACGAACGGAGCUUCCCUGUUGGUGGAGACAACAAAGACGUACGAGAGCGCGAGUGCGUUGUCUCUCGCCACAUUCGCGUCGCUGCUCAUAGAGUUCGUCGCACGGUUGCAGAACGUGGUUGACGCGUUCGAGGAUUUGAGCAAGAAAGCUAAUUUCAAGGAGCCGGAGGUUGAUGCAGCGGCAACAGAGGAAAGAGCCGGGCUUGGCCGAAAAAUCCGCCGGUGUUUUGGGAUGUAA